AUGAUCCAGGAGCGAGCCCAUUGCCAGCCAUCAAUCUACAUCCACCACCUAGUCGACGAGCAAGGCAUUGCCCCAACCGCUAACCAAUACACAGUCAUUAGAGAAACAGUGCUGCAAUACCUCAGCUCAGGAUCCGAGUAUCAUGAACUCGCCUGGUUGAUCGAUAACAUUAGCCCGCCAGCAGUCCGCCGCUCCGCCACUGCCACCGGCCACCACAAAUAUCUGUGGACAGUACAACGCUCGCCUUCGCAUGUCCAGACCCUCAUCCGCUUCUGCGAGGGCGUGGCAAGGCGUGCAGCCGAGGUCCCUCCCGUAGCCCUCGACCAGCCUCUGCCAUAUUCACCCAGCGAAUGCGGCUACUCUGUCAACUCGCACAUCCGCCUUUCCCAGCACCGCCACCGCCAAUCCUCAAACUACGUUAUGAACCUCAUAGAGGAUAUUUGCACCUAUCUCCACCAGGCCGGCACCUUCUCGCAACUCUUCCGUAUGCAGCCUUUUAUCGUCUAUCUCAUCUUCCGCCCACAGCAAGCAGCCAUCGCGGAGAUUUUCUGCUCGGGAUUAUUGCAAGUCUGGAUCGAGGAAGGUGGGGGAUUGAAUGCGUAUCCAGCGGGCAGGAGUGUAGCCAGUGCGCGAAGGGUCAGUGCGGCGCGGUGGGUGGAGCAUGAGCGGUGGGUGGCUGAUAAUACGGAGAUGGUGAGGAAUAUGAGGUUGCAAAAGGAGCGGUUGGAAGAAGAUGUAUCAGGGUUGGAUAUGGAGAUGGAGGAGGUGUGGCGGGAGGCGUUGGAAAGUGAGAAUGAAGGGGAUGGGGAUGAUCCGAGGGAUAUGGAUUAUGUACCUGACGAUUUGGCGGAGGAGUUUGAGGGGCUGAGGCUGGAGCCAAACCUGUAG